AUGGCAGACUUAGAGAGGAGUGGAAAAGGUGUGGAUUGCAGAGAGAUAGGAGGAAUGGAAGUAGCGACCCUGGAAGACCUUAGAAAAAUGAUUGGAUUAUUAGAGAGAGCAAAGGAGUCAAGUCUAAAGAGGCUGGAUAGGGCAUUUUCACUAAUGGAGAAGAACUUUGAAGGAUUGAAGGCAAGAUUUAACGAGGGAGAUUUAUCGUUUUUGGAUUAUCGUAUGUGUGAUGUGGAUCUUCCUGAAAUGGAGGUGGAUCCAACUGAGGAAGAAAUAAAUGAUGUAGUGAAUGGCUUUUUGAGGAGAGUUGUGGAAGCAGGCAAAAUCCAGCUCAAGCAGUUAAAGAGAGAGCUGAGUGAGGUGAAAGAAGUCACAGAGAGUAUAGUAGCUUCUAAGGUUAGUGGUGAAGACGAGCAAAUCUUGGAGAGCCCAAAGCCAAAGAAAACCAAGGAUGAGAGUGGGUUUGUAGCGAGUAUGAAACGACUUUGGGAGAACAAGACACCUAAGCUUUCUUCAAUUUGGAGGAGGAAUGAAGAAAGUAAGAACCCAGUUGGAACGAAGUUAGGAAUAACCAAAUUAGAUAAUAUGAACAUUUUGGACGGUUUGUUGGCUAAAAGUGAUGCAGAAAGAGAUGUUGAUAUAAAGGUGGAAGUUAAUUCCAUUGUAGAGUCAGCCCCAGAAACAAAGACAGAGAUGACUUCUAGGAAAGAACCAUCAUUCAAGUCUAUUUCCAACGAGGAUGUGAUAUCCCCAGGGCCUCCAAACGCUAUUAUGUCUAUGGGAUUGUCUCCACUUCAAAGCCCUCCAUUACUGGCCCUUACUCCUUCGACUCCAAUUCCGAUUGUCCCUACUGCAGUAUCUCAUCAGACCCAGAGAGAGGGAGUUGUAGGAGGAGAAGGAGGAGAAAGAGGAGGAGGAGGUGGAUGUGGAGGUGGAGGUAGAGGGAGUUCAAUCUCAAAGGUUCAGGGAGAAGUCUUAUCAGAGGAAAUUAUAAGGACUUCAGUAGCCAUUGGUUCGGGGGAGGUUGAGAAUCAUGCCGUAGUAGGGAAAGAAAGAGUCUCUAAAUCUACUACAAACGCUAAUGAGGAUUCACCCCUGCCUCCAAGACCAAUCAGAAGGCAAACCAGUGAGCGGAUACAAGAAAAAGGUAUUGAGGAGAUUACCGAAGGAGAGCAGACUCCAGUUCUUAAGGGAGGACUUGAAGGAACCCCUCUGGAUAAGAACAGAGUAGAAAUGGGAGAGAAUGGCUUUGUUAGGCCAGAGAGGAUUAGCCACGUAAAGAAAAGUGGACUGAGGUCCAUUUUACACCAUUCUGCAAAUAGGGUUCCUCCAGGCCAGUCAAUAGCCUCUGGAACUGGAGAGAACAACAAUGGUAGUGGGGGAAGUAGUAAUACUAUCAGACAGAGCAGAGGAUCUACGGCUUUCGGCCAUUUGGUGAAGACUCCAAUUAACAAAGGAUUUUGCAGUUCAGAAACAGAGGGAAAGGACAAACUUAGAAUAGGAGAGAGCCCCUGUAGGAGAUACCAUAAACGUCUGAAACUACUUCCUCCCGUGAAUCCCGAUGAAUGUUACGUUUUAACAGACAGUGAGGAUGAACAACAGGGCUGUGGGACAGAAGGAGGAGGUAGCGGUGGACUCAAGACUACGAAGAUACAGAAGAAGAUUCCUCUUUGGGCAAGAAGUAUGAACUGGAUCCCAAAAAUGAAGGAACAAAGAAAUGUAGACCCAUUCAGCAUCUUUGGAGACUCUUGUAUGUUCAUGGAUUUGGAAGAUGUAUUCCAAAGACCCUGGUACAUUUCCACUGUUGCUAGGGACAAUAGGAUCAAGUCGUGGCAAAACGACAGAGUUACAUCUCUUAAUUGGAGCGAAGACUCUCUGACUUCAGACGAACUCAGACAAUACAAGGUGAGAAUGAAUCUCUACAUCGACAAAUCUAAUGAAGUAUACGUUACAGAACCUUGCUUCACUCCUUCCCCAAAUCCCCUUGCUAAUGGAGCAUGGAACCAUAUCAACAAACAAAGAAUCAACAGUGGAAACACAACAGUCAUCCGAAAAGCUCUCAACCUUUCUAUCCACAGAUUUAACAACAGCAUUUCCAGCAAACUUGCUUCUUUGAACAACUCCUCUCUUCAAGUUCACGCACCUCUCGCAUCUUCCUCUUCCGCCUCAUCCAAACUCAGUGAAACUACCUCCUUAAACAACCUACAAGACGAUGAAAACUCUAACAUCGAAAACAACAACAUUGCUAAUUUUCUCUCAAAGCCAAAAAACUCAUCCAAAGAUGCUCCUGACACACUCCACCCCCCUAUCAUCAGUAACUCGUCCUUCCUUCAAUAA